GUGACGAGUGGCUGUCACUUGUACGUUUACGGCUCCUACGCGAGUUUAUGUGCCAGUGAUAAAAUAAAAACGUUCUAUAUUAGCUUUAUGUCAAGUGGUUUUUAAUUGGAAUGAGUAGUAUACGAAAUAGUUAUAAAAUAAUGUCAUAGUGCUGUGAUAAGUUUUUGUUUCUCAAAAUGACGUUGUGGUGCAAUGCGUUCGGUGCGACGGUCGGCGCAAUACUAACAGUUUUUGUGUGUGUCGCGGCUGAGGUAACAUUUGUGGAGGGGAGAGAAGAGCCUCACAGAUUCACGAUAGACGAGCUGAUUUCAACGCAUUUUGAAAAUAAAGACUCUAAUGAUAAUGGGAUGGAUCCUUGUAAAGCUGAAAACUUUCAAGGUGACAUCGCAAUACCAGACGUAGAUUAUCAUAAGCCCGUCAAGACUGCUCCCUCACCCUCUAAGAUUAAUAAGUCACUGCAAGAAGAGGUGGAGAGACUUAAGAAAGAAGUAUUGUUAGAAGGACUGCAAGUUGAAGAGGAAGGCCUAACUGAUAUACUAAGAAAGAGAACGAAACAACCGAUGUCACUCUCUCAAGAAAAACCGAAGAAGUACAAUGAAGCUUCUAUAAUAUCAAAAGUAAUACCGCCUGGUCUAGACAAACCUUUUCUGAUGAAACAUGGUAGGAUACCACUAGAGGAAGAUUUAGACGCUAUUAACUUUUAUAAUCAAAAUCAAAAAUCAACAGAUUUUAACGAAACUAAUAUAACAGAUAACUUAACUGAGUCAGAGAGUUUAGAACAAGAUGGAGUUUUAGUAGUUAAUAUUUCAAGUGAUAAUAUUUUAAAUCUAGAUGAAUUUUAUCCACAAAUUCAACAGUCAAACUUUUCACACAAAACAGAUGAAGUCACAAAUAAAAUUCAAAGUAACAGUAGAGAAAUAACAGGUGAUUUUAAUAAUAACUUGAAAUUUAAAGAGCUCCUUGAAAACAUGACUGUCGCUCCUGCUCCUACCAAUGGAGUUUUACCUGUGAAUGAAAGAGAUGAAGAUAAUGAAAUGUUACGGAAAGAAUUGAUAAAUAAUACAAGUCAAGAACUUUACAACAAAAUGUAUGAAGCCAAUGAGUUGCUGAAACCUACAGAGAGCUUACAAAGUUUAAUAGGAAAUACAUUUAGUCAUAGGCGACGGAGAAGACGAAGACAUGGAAACGGUAGACGGCUAAGAAACAUAUCCAAUGAAAAGAAAAAAGAAGAACAAUCGCUGCAAAAUUCUGAUGAAGAUCCAAGUGACAUUAAGAAAGGAAAAAAAAAUGGUCGUUAUCAAAAGAAGAACAAAGAUUACAAAAGAAAUAAACACUAUGGUACAUUAGUGCCAGAACAUGAAUUUGAAGAGAAGUUCGAGGUAAAACCACCGCCAAAAAAUUUAAACGUAGAAGACAAAACAAAUAAUCCCGGCCCUUUUGAGAAUUGGUUUUUUCGUGACACGGAAGAAGAUUUAGAAGCCAGCGAAAGCAGAUUUUAUAACCAUACUGAGAGACGUCAUCGUGCCACCAGAGCUGCUACCAACAGAAAAGAAAGAAUAUGGGACAAUGGCGUUAUACCAUACGAAAUCGACGGCAAUUUCAGCGGAGCUCACAAGUCUCUCUUCAAGCAAGCCAUGAGACACUGGGAAAACUUCACGUGCGUCAAGUUUGUGGAGAGGGAAUCCGAGCAUAAGGACUACAUCGUCUUCACUGAACGGCCUUGUGGAUGCUGCUCCUUCGUGGGGAAACGUGGCGGAGGAGCCCAAGCCAUCUCCAUCGGCAAGAACUGCGACAAGUUCGGAAUCGUGGUCCACGAGCUCGGACACGUGGUGGGUUUCUGGCACGAGCACACGAGACCGGACCGUGACCGGCACGUGCAAAUCAUACGGGACAACAUAAUGACUGGUCAAGAGUACAACUUCAACAAGCUGACAGACGAGGAGGUGAACUCUCUAGGCCAGACGUAUGACUACGAUUCCAUCAUGCACUACGCUCGGAACACGUUCAGUAAGGGCACAUACCUGGACACCAUCCUGCCACUGGAAGUGCACGGGAAGAAGCGGCCGGAGAUCGGUCAGCGAGUGAGGCUGAGCGCCAGCGAUAUUGCGCAGACCAACUUGCUGUAUAAGUGUGCAAAAUGCGGGAAGACGUUCCUGGGCAACGCCGGGUGGUUUAACUCGCCAGGCUGGGGCUCAGAGGCGCAGCCCGCCACGCAAGAACGCUGCGAAUGGCGCAUCGUAGCGACUCAUGGGGAACGUGUCGUGCUCAAUAUCACCGAAAUCGACAUCCACAAGUCCGACGGGUGUCGCGCUGAAUGGGUGGAAGUUUGGGAUGGGUACAUGCCUAACGCCCCAGUGCUGGGAAGAAUCUGUGGGUCUGGCAAAGGCCCUAUAAUGCGCUCCACGGGGUCCAGACUGACUGUCGUGUUCCAGCCCGGACCAAAAACGAAGCCUCAUAGGGGCUUCAAAGCACAUUAUGAAGCCGUUUGCGGCGGGGAUAUAGAAGUGGACAGCAGUGGUCAUUUGGAAUCCCCGAACUAUCCUGACGAUUACCAACCCAACAAGCUCUGCAUUUGGAAACUUUCAGUGCCACAAGAUUACCAAGUAGCACUACGUUUCCAUUCGUUCGAGGUGGAAAACCACGACACAUGUAACUAUGACAAAGUGAAAGUACGAGACGGAGAUUCGUUGGAUAGCCCUUUGAUCGGCAUGUUUUGUGGGCAUAAAAUACCUCCAGAUAUUAGAUCCACGUCAAACAAACUUCUAGUCAUCUUCGAAUCAGACAGUUCUGUUCAAAAAGCGGGUUUCUCCGCAACCUUUAUGAAGGAAUUUGAUGAGUGCGCUUCCAUUGAUCAUGGUUGCAGCCACUCGUGUGUUAACACUCUUGGCGGAUAUGAGUGCGCUUGCGAUAUUGGAUAUGAGUUACACUCAGAUGGGAAGAAAUGCGAAAAUGCAUGUGGCGGUGUUCUAUAUGCUCCAAACGGUACAAUCACAUCACCGUCGUUCCCUGAUCUGUAUCCACCAUCCAAAAACUGUCUCUGGGAGAUAGUCGCACCACCUCAACACAGGAUUACACUCAACUUCACACAUUUCGACUUAGAAGGCAGCAAUAAUAUGUAUCAUCAGGAAUGUGAAUAUGACAGCGUAACAGUACACUCAAGAUUAGGCGCUGAUGUUUUACGGCGUCACGGAGCAUUCUGUGGAUCAGUGCUCCCGCCACCAGUUACCUCAGAUGGAUCAGUAUUACGUGUUCAGUUCACAUCAGAUACAUCCGUUCACCACUCGGGAUUCGCUGCAGCAUAUUACAUAGACGUUGAUGAAUGCGCUGACAACAAUGGAGGAUGCCAGCAUGAGUGUCAUAAUACUUUGGGAGGAUAUGAGUGCGCAUGUCAUAGUGGAUUCACACUCCAUCCCAACAAACACGAUUGUAAAGAAGGAGGCUGUAAACAUGAUAUCACGCACCCACAUGGAACUAUUUUCAGUCCAAAUUAUCCGGAUACUUACCCGUCAAGGAAAGACUGUGUGUGGCAGUUCUCUACUACUCCCGGACACCGUAUAAAAUUAAUCUUUAACGUCUUUGAAUUAGAACCCCAUCAGGAAUGCACAUACGAUCACGUAACCAUUUACGACGGAGCAUCAGCAGAUGAAAAAACAUUAGGAAGAUUUUGUGGAAGUAAGCUUCCUCACCCUGUAGUCGCUUCACAAAACCAGAUGUAUGUCGUUUUCAAGUCCGACGCAUCCGUACAAAGAAGGGGAUUCUUAGCUACUUAUUCUACAGCCUGUGGUGGCUACCUUGCAGCAUCAGAGACUGUGGGGCACUUAUACUCUCAUGCACGCUACGGUCACGACUCAUACGAAUCUCGUGCUAACUGUGAUUGGAGUAUCGUCGCCCCGCUCGGCCAAUUCGUCAGACUUACCUUCCUUACCUUUGAGUUGGAGCCUGAGACGAACUGCGGUUAUGAUUAUGUGCAAGUGUUUGGUGGCUUAGAGGGAAGUGCUGGCGCUUAUGGCAGCUUCUGCGGGACAAAGGGUCCACCCGAGAUUGUAUCAACAACAGAAGCCUUAUUAGUAAAGUUCCGCACAGACGAUUCCAUAAUAUUCAAGGGAUUCUCAGCAUCUUACCAAGCGGUGAAGCCAGAAGUAUGGAGUGGAGAGGAUAGCUCAGAAGGCGGAGAAGAUUUCGAGGAGGAGGAAGAUGAACAAAUUCCCCCAUUGGUGGUCAGCAGGAGGGGCUUGCGAGCCCCAUUGCAGAGGUUCGUACGCCGGCCCACGUGACGUUGGCAGUUACGUCAUCGACACAGACGACUGCACCACAACGCUCACAAUCGGCUCAAAAUUGACAAUGUGCAAAAACAUUAAGGGCCUUUUUAGAUAUGGCAUAACGUCGGAAUAGUUAAGCAGUAUUUUCUACGGUGUGACCUUUGAAAGGAUCUGUUAAUAAAAGUGUGACAGAACUAUGCAUAGCAACAAUCAUCAAUGGUUGUCUGGAGAUCGCUUAAAGCCUUCUUGUGUUUUUUUUUCUUGUUAUUUCAUCUUUUGUUUUCUCUGUAAUUUGCGCGAUAAAAACUUCAUCAAACUAUUCAUCUAUCUAACUAUUCCGACGUUAUGCCACUUCUUAAUGCUUAAAUAUCGUAGGGAGCGAUACUAUGCGGCGAUUAUUACCUGCGCUAAUUUACUCAAUAAGCAUAACAUAUAUCUCAGAGGAUACAACAGACAGCCCGACCUAACAAUAAUGCAAAUCCUGCAAAUCUGCAACUAUAGAGGUAGUUAUUCCUUCCUUAUCUGUCUCAUAAUCUAAACAAUCUUUCUCAUAACUACUAUUCUAGAGUAAAAUAAAAAAAGGAAAAUUACAAUUGUGUAAAAAAAUUAAAAGAUAUUUUUAUCAUUUAUUUUACUUUUUAUUUAUUGUUUGUAUUUUCAAAGCAUACUUUCGACCAUAAAGUAAUAAAAGGAGUCAAGGCGAGAAAAGACAAGCGGUCGAGAGACGAGGACCGACCACAUUGUCGUCGGCUUGAAUCGCGCUCGCAUUCAUCGGAUCGUCUUUGAGUAUGAAAGUAAUAAAAAAAUAUAAACCUUUAAUCGCAGUAAAUUCAAAUUUAGCAGAAUAAAUUACUAUUAAACAAUGCCGGUGGCGUAUCGUACCUACCUAGAUAAACAUCUAUUUUUCAUAAUAUUGCGAUAAUUAUGUUUUAGUUCUGAAUAUGUUUAAUGUUU